AUGGAUAUUCAAGCUCUUUUCAGUGUUAAGGAUAAGGUUGUUCUCGUUACCGGCGGUUCUCGUGGUAUCGGUGAAAUGAUUGCAACUGGUUUCGUCCAAGGUGGUGCCAAGGUGUAUAUCAGUAGUCGUUCAGCAAAGGCUUGUGAUGAGGUUGCUGCCAAAUUGAACGCUUUAGGACCUGGAAAAUGUAUCGCAUUGCCAGCCGAUUUACAAAGCAUUGAGGAUAUCAAAAGACUAGUCGAGGAGCUUAGUAAACGCGAGGAUCAUUUGGAUGUGCUUGUCAACAACGCUGGUGCUACUUGGGGAGCUCCUCUUGAUGAAUAUCCUGAUGCUGCUUUCCAAAAAGUAAUGAAUCUUAAUGUCACUCGUAUAUUCACAUUAACACAGGCCUGUCUUCCUCUUUUGAGAGCCAAGGCUUCUGCAGAGAAUCCUUCUCGCGUGAUCAACAUUGGCUCAAUCAAUGGCAUUUCCGCUCCUGGAAUGGAAACCUAUGCUUACUCAUCCUCAAAAGCUGCUGUUCAUCACUUAUCUCGUCACUUGGCUGGCAGGUUGGGUAGAGAACACAUUCUUGUCAAUGCAAUUGCUCCUGGCUCUUUCCCCUCCAAGAUGAUGGCUGCUACCCUUAAAAACUUUGGUGAUGCCAUCGUUGCCGGUGUUCCUGUUGGUCGUGUUGGUAGUCCUGAAGACAUUGCUGGUACUUGUAUCUAUCUUGCCUCACGUGCUGGUCAAUACACUGCUGGAGCUGUUAUCACCGUUGACGGUGGAGCUCUUCAAGGCUCCAAGUUAUAA